GCGAGGCAGGAAGGAGUGCAGCCAUUGCCAAGGACGACUGGGAGAUGCCCACAGGACGACGAGGGCGCCGUCUUGGCAUGGGGGACCCAGAACAGACACCGGUGGGGGGAAAGGCGUGAAGACCAGAAGCUGCAAAGGAGAGACCACUGGGACAGGAAAGAAAGGGGAAAAUGGGUUCUUGCCAACCUCUUCAACUUUUGCAAUUCCAUCAUGGUUUCUGGUAAACUGCCUGCCCUGUUGAUUCCACUCAUUCCUCUCAUCUUCUGUGGAUCCAGAGGCUCCCAGGCAGUGACUCCUGGAAUCAGCACACAUGACACGAAGGAGGCACCCAUCCAGGCCCUCCAGACCAUCUUGUUAAGACGCCUGGGCCUCCAGAAGCGCCCGGAGCCCAAACCAGGCCUUGUGAUUCCCCAGUACCUGUUGGAUCUGUACCAGUUCUGCUUAGGGAAACCUCCUCCCUCCCUCCAAGACACGGACAUUCCCUUCCUGGAGGAGCAAGCCGGAAGAGCCAACACCGUGAGGACGUUCCACCAUAUUGAGACUCUGGAUCUGGUCUCUGAAGCAGUAGGGAGUUCCUUCUACUUCUUGUUCAAUCUCACCUUGCUGCCAGCUGACGAGGUGGUGACUGCCCUCGAGUUACGGCUCUACCAUUCAGAGAAGGAAAGCAAGGGUUUCCAGAUCAACGUCUAUCACGUGAUGGAUCCCCCACCCAUUUCUGGAAACAAGAGCAGGCUCCUUGCUCAGAAAUUCUUGGCUCUCAGCCACCCCAAGUGGGAAGGUUUUGAUGUGACCGCAGCUUUCACAAAAGCCAAGGACCAGAAACGUCACCUUGGUUUUCUCAUUGAAGUGGAACCCCCAAAUAGUAGCCAUGUGCCCCAGCACCACCGCGUCCCGCUUCGAGCAAGACGGUCUCCUGGAGAGGAAGAGACUCAGUGGGCUCUGGAAAGGCCUCUACUGGUCACCUAUAGCCACGAUCAAAGGGGGCAGCCUCUGAGCCGGGGAAAAAGACACAGCAGAAGCCAGCUUGGCAGACUGUCUCAGAAAGGAGGCAGAAAAACUACACAUGUCCCCACCUCUAGGAGCAAACCCAAAAACCUGAAACCCAAGACCAAGGCCAACACAAAGUGCCGAAGGCACCGCCUCUUUGUAGAUUUCAAGGCAGUUGGGUGGAACGACUGGAUAGUUGCCCCCAGUGGCUACCAUGCUUUCUACUGCUCUGGGGAAUGCCGCUUCCCACUAGCUGACCAUAUGAACUCCUCCAGUCAUGCUGUGGUGCAGACAAUGUUAAAUUCCGUCAACUCCAAAGUCCCCAAGCCAUGCUGCGUUCCAACAGACCUCAGCCCCAUUGCGAUGCUCUACUUGGACCAACAUGACAUGGUGGUCCUUAAGACCUACCAGGACAUGGUGGUGGAGGGCUGUGGGUGCCGGUAGGAACACUCCCUCUGUCAACACCGAACAUUUUCGGCUAGCCAAAGAGAGUAACAGACAGCAGGCUUUGGCAGAAAUACUUCUUCAUACAACACAAAGCAUAUAUGGAAGCCCACCACAAAAGGUGGAGGGGGGAGAGGACAUUCACUGAGGACAUUACUAGGUGCUAAGUGGAACGCUGCAGUACAGAGACAGUACACCUCUGAAUAUCAGACUUGGAGGUGAGGGGAGGACUUAAGCAAAGGUUGCAAGAGUGGUAGAGGUCUAGACAUUUGCAACUGGAAAUAGAAGGACUCUAGUAUGACUUAGCAAUGCAAUUCUUUUGCUCUUACAAAAUCCCAUGAGUAAAUCCUAAGCCUUCUCUGUAUAGAUGGUUUGACUAAUAUUUGACACCGUUUUUAGAAAUUGUGAUAACCCUUAAUUGAACCAUAAAUAAAAUCUAUCAUAUUAA